AGGAGUGUGUUAAAUGUUAAUUGAGUGAAAUGUGUUUUAAGGAGGUAAAUUGUGAGAUAGAGCAUAGAGGUGUAGAGAAGAAAGAAUUAAUGGGAAUGGUUUAAAUUAAGAGACGAGAGAAGUAAAGAAACCCUAAUAAUGGAAGGGGAGAGGAAAAGAGGGGAGCGUGUGUGCUGCGUCUGCAACAAAGCAAGAGCUUCCGUGAAGAGGCCCAAAACCCUACAACACAUAUGCAGAGACUGCUUCUACAGCGCUUUCGAGUCUGAGAUUCAUCAAAUCAUAGUCGACAACUCCCUCUUCAAGCCAGGGGAACGCGUCGCAAUCGGUGCUUCCGGCGGCAAGGAUUCCACCGUCCUCGCUUACGUUCUCUCCAAACUCAACCGCCACCACAAUUACGGCCUCCAUCUCUUCCUCCUCUCCGUCGACGAGGGAAUCACCGGCUACCGCGACGACUCUCUCCAAACCGUUCAUCGCAACCAGGUUCAGUACGCUCUCCCUCUCAAAGUCGUCUCUUACAAGGACCUCUACGGAUGGACUAUGGACCAAAUCGUUGAUGUUAUCGGUUUCAAAAACAAUUGCACUUUCUGCGGCGUCUUCCGUCGCCAGGCACUUGAUCGAGGCGCUGCUCUCUUGAAAGUCGACAAACUUGUUACUGGACACAAUGCCGAUGAUAUUGCAGAGACUGUUCUCCUCAACCUGUUAAGAGGAGAUGUUGCUAGAUUGAGCAGAUGCACCUCUAUAACCACCGGUGAGGAUGGAGCCAUUCCUAGAUGCAAACCUUUCAAGUAUACAUACGAGAAGGAGAUUGUCAUGUAUGCGUACUUCAAGAAGCUCGACUACUUUUCCACUGAAUGCAUUUAUUCCCCAAAUGCAUAUCGAGGUUUUGCUCGCGAGUUCAUCAAGGAUUUGGAAAGAAUCAGACCUAGGGCGAUUCUUGACAUCAUCAAAUCAGGGGAGAAUUUCAGGAUAUCUACUACUACCAAAAUGCCGGAGCAGGGAACAUGUGAACGCUGUGGUUAUAUUUCUAGUCAGAAAUGGUGUAAAGCUUGUGUUCUGCUUGAUGGACUGAAUAGAGGUUUGCCAAAACUGGGGAUUGGACGAAGUCGUGGCAGUGUUGGUUCUGAUAACAGAAAUGAAAGUAGAGGAGGAAAGAGCAUUCAGAGCAAACAAUGUGGAACUCUAGACUUCUGAUUUGCCAUAUGCAGCUUCUGAUUGAUUAAUCAAACGUUGCUGGCUAACUGCAUUAACUAUCUAUAAGUGGAUUCACUCUAUGGCAGUUAUUGACAGUGGAAUUAUAUAUGGAUCUAAUAGGGGACGACCAAACUACAUCAUAAACAGACUUAGCAGCCUAUCCUGUCAAGACUAGCAGCUAGACCAGAAAGAGUGAAUUAAUGAGAUUCAGGGUUUUACAUACAUGAUAGUUAGAAAAGAAAAGUCCAGAAUGGUUGCAUUCUGUACUUGUCAAUUUAAUCAUACAUCAUUUUUUAUCAUAUACAUCUUUAGCUUUAUUUCUGUAGGUAACAUUGUCAGUUGUACUCAAAGUCGGCUUCACUGACCAGCAUGUGUGAGAGACAAUCAAUAAAUUCUAAUGGUCUUUACUCUUUA